GAUAGUACACGUUUCUGUUCCGUCGAUGCUGUCAAAAUCGUAAACUAGUAAAUAUGCUGAACACAAAUAAAUAAACAAAGACACUACCGGUAGUGCGCUGUGGGCCGGAAUUGUGAUCGAGUUUCGGCUUGCAUUUGUGAAACAUAAGUUACAUGUGGAACGAAAUUACCUGAAGGGAUUCAAUUACAGUGGAAAUGGAGACUGCCCCUGAACAACAUACUAGUUCUGCCUGUGAUGGGGUUACCGUCAAACAGGAGCCAGUGGAGUCUGAACCACUCGUGCCUGCUAACCGAGAGAUCGAGUUCAUAUCUGUUAAAGAAGAACCUUCAGUGGAGGCUGAACCACACACAUUUCCUAAGCAAGAGAUAGAGUACAUAUCUGUUAAACAAGAACCUCCGUGUUUACCAGAGUGGGAGGAGCCCGAAGGCCUUGAUAGCGCACAGGACCCACUAAGUGGCACUGUGGAGGAAUGUUCACCUUCAGAAGAUUUUUCUGGACCUAGCACAUCCAAUAUUGAUAAAACGGAGAAUGAGGAAGACGAAGAGGAGGCAGAGAGUGGAGACGACGAGCCGGAUCUCAAAGAAGAAUCAGAGUCAAUAAACAGUGGCAGUGAACCAGAAAGUAAUAACUUCACUGACAUCAGGGACGACAGUGGUUCUGGUGAUAGUCAUGGUUUGCGUACUAAAGUUUGCUUGGCUUCUGGAACAGGCAACAGGAUACAAAGCACCACCAGGCAGGAAGCACCCUGUGUGAAUAAAACUAGUGCAAUGCUUCUGCUGUACAGGUACAGUUGUUAUGUCUGCAAAAAGGUAUUUGCACGUCUGCAGGAUCUGAAGGAUCACACUCACAUGAGACGUGAUUUUUUGCAUUCCAGCAGUGAGUGCCACAAAACACUCACUUCCAGUUCUCAUGUGAAGAUGUCCUUGCGUGUGCACUCUGGAGAACGCCCCUACAGCUGUGGCGUUUGCAACAAGUCAUUUACACGGUACAGUAGUCUGAAGUUACAUUCAAAGAUCCACUCUGAUGAACGCCCCUACCGCUGUGGCGUUUGCGACAAGUCAUUCUCAUUUAACAGCUACUUGAUGCACCGCUCUAUGGUACACACUGGUGAACGCCCACACACCUGUGGCGUGUGCCACAAGAGCUUCAAGCUAAGUUGUCAUCUGAAGCGACAUUCACAGGUGCACACUGGUGAACGCCCUUACCGCUGUGGCGUGUGCAAUAAGACAUUCGCGCAGAAUAGUACUCUGAAGAUACAUUCAAACCUUCACACAGGUGAACGCCCUUACCACUGUGGCGUAUGCAACAAGUCAUUCGCAUUUAAGAGUAACUUAAUGCAGCAUUCUCAGCUGCACACUGGUGAACGCCCCUACACCUGUGGCAUGUGCAACAAGAGUUUCAAGCUAAAUGGUCAUCUGAAGCGACAUUCACAGCUGCACACUGAUGCACGCCCCUACCGCUGUGGUGUGUGCAACAAGACAUUCAGGCUAAAUUAUCAUCUGAAGCAACAUUCGAAGGUCCACCAUGGUGAACGCCUCUAACGCUGUGUAGUAUGCAACAAGACAUUCACAUAAAAUGGUAGUCCAAAGCAGUACUGAAAGUUACACAAUGGGGAACAUCCCUGAACUUGUGAUUUGGGUGGAAAGUCAUUUAGGCACCAGGCUGAACAGAUACAACAUUCUCAACCCCACAUUGGUGAACAUCUGUAAGUCUUUAAUGUCUAUGAGUAUAAAAACAUUCGUGCAGAGGAGGAACCUCAGGGAGAACUUGUGGCUGCAUUCUGGAACAGACUAUAGAAAUGCAGCAUUUUGUGAAAAGAAAUACAAACUUAACAGCAGCUUGACGAAACAUCUACUUCUUCAUGAAAGGCAAUCACUAUAUAGUUAUGGUGUGUGAAUGAAGGGAAUUACAAGCAGUUGCAGACUUGAGGAGCACUCACCUGUUCACACAGGAAAGGUCUCAAGCUAUACCUGCAGGUGCAUGCUAGUGAAUACUAGUGUUACUGUAACUAGUCUCAUAUGAGGUUCAAGAGCAGCAACUCACAUGCAUGUCUCGAUUCUUAUGACUAUGUUGUAAAAAUUAUGUCUGACUGCAGAGCUGGCUUAGGAGUCAGUCUUAGACGUGCUUAGUAUCAGAACAGCAACACCAGUGUAAUCAUAAUAAUUAUAGGACUCACAUCUAUUAAAUGUGUCGUGAGAAUUGUUACAGUGCUACAAUAAUUUGCUGGAACGAUAAAAACCUCAUGAUAAUAUCAACUUCAACUGUAAUCAACAUAUAACUCAAAUGUAAGUAAUUUCCUUCGAGCAGAAUGAUGCCAGAUGGCAUGAUUAUGUAGAGUUCUACCAAGUUCUAUCCAGAUGUCCAACGUUAUGGCAUGGAUACUGUCUACAAAGAAAAGAAUGUCAACAUGCCUUUGUAUGUUACAGAAAUUCUGCAAUUGCAUUAUUGUGGUUAUUAUGAGACACAAAGUGUAGGAAAGUGAUAUGUAUUGAAAUGUGAGAUUCUUGAAGUUUGAGUGUGUGCUCAGUUCCAUCAGCCUUGCUAUUAAUGUAAAUAAUGAAUUCAAAACACACAGCUAGUGUGGAGUUUACUGUUCGAGUGUCAUGUUAGUAUUGAAGUAUUAUCGUUAUGAUAUUAUCAAUAGUUGUUUAACCAUACUCUGUCACUGUUGUGGGUUUAUCUAUUUUAUUAGUGUAUCUUGUAAGUAUGCACCAGGUGCAAUAGAAUCAUGGUGUGUCUGCCUUACUCAUUUUUAUUGAAAUGCCUAAGAGUUAUUAGAUAAAAUAUUGGUUUCCAUAGUUAUGACCAUUCUAUAAUUUAGUCUGAAGUGGUCACCUAUGAUUAAAUGUAUCAUGCUACAAAAAGGGAAACUAGUAAUUGCGAAGUACACAACAUAAAAAAUUCAGAUUGUUACUUACUAUGGACUGUAGGGCUUAGGGAUUAUAUCUGUCUUUAUAAUUCAAAGACGAAAUCUUGUGCGAAAUAUCAACCAAAUUUAUGAUGGGAUUUUUCUGACCAUCGUUUGUCAGUCAAAUGCUUUUGCUAGGCAUUCGCAAGACCUAAUUACGAAAUCUUAGUGCAAUAUCUGUUCCAUAGUGCAUCGAUCUGUAAACAUUUUUAUCCACUACUCCAUGACAGAGAUGGUGUCAUUUAUGGUAGUUUAAGAAAGUUUUCUUAUUUGGAUCUGUGACUUCUAAUAACUAGGGCAUUCAUGAAAACAAGUGUUUUAACAUGUCCCUACACAUCAAUGAGCUUCAACAAUAACAAAUCUGAAUACAAAUUCAUAUUUUAUAUUAUCCAUGUUGGAUCUUGUGAACUCCAUGACUAUUAAUGAUAGUUACUGAAUAACUCAACCAGCCACAUAUACUUCUUAAUAGGUUUUAUUUUAGUGCCACAACUGGUUUCAUGAUAAUAUUUUCAGUAUGUACUGAUUAACAGCAUGUCAUCUGCUCCUUCACUGCACAAGAAUAUUUAAUAUUUAAUGCCACUUUAUGAAUUGUUUCAUUAGUAAAAAUACUCGAAAGUACUUGCGUUUAUUUAGGUAUAAUGUGAAAUAUUUAUAAUCACUCAGAUAAGUAUCAGUAUAUGGCGAUUUGUAUUGUUGUGGUCCAUUUGGCUUUUCAUGUCGAUGUAUAUAUGUUGUUGAAUUGCAAACAACAAAUAUAUUGUAAUUAAAUUACUGUAGCAUAUUUCGUAAUAUUCUUAAUGUCAGUGUUGAAUGUCACACCCUGGAAAUAUCUGAAGCCAUCUACAGAUGGGUGUGAUAGCCUGAAAAUGGUUAUGUCUCUAAAAUGAAACAUUUUAGGAAUAUAUCUAGCUGUUUGUGGAAUUAACUAACUGUAAAUUAAUGUAAUUUGUAUGUCAUGCAAUAGAUUACUGUUGUCUGUAAUAGUAUUUUCCUGGAAUUUCACUUUGAAAUAACAUCACUAUGGAUGUACUCGUAUUAUUCUUUAGUGUUGUAACACUGUGCUACUCAUUUAUAACAUGGAAUGCAGACAUUGCCUUAUGCAGUGUAUAUUUGAAGACCUUCUGAGGUAUUUUGUGAUCCAUGUGUAAGAACAUAUAAGUAUUCGUUCCCAUAACUGAACUGUGUAGCAGUAUGUUGUCACACUAUUUUUCACUUUUCUGACAUACUGUCCUCGUUGUAGUUGUAGUUAUGCCACUGGUGAUUUGGUUACCAAAGUUCAUGUGACUGAGGAACAAGAAACACACUUCUAAUACAGCACAUUCAGUGCACAAAACUGAACGCCUAUGUAGCUGUGACAUCUGCAAACAUAUCUAGGUGGCUGAAUUAUGUGGAGUCUUUACCAAGUUAUAUGCAGAUGGGAAAUUAGAUGGCAGGGAUGGGGCUUGUCAAAACCCUAUAUGUAAUUAAAACAUGAUCAUAAUAGAAGUUACUGUAAACUAUGGAUCUAUACCAUCACUGAAAUAUCAGAUCUUUGAAUUUUGAGAGUAAGUCACUACACUGUGCUGUACACUGUUCUCUCUUAUACCCAUGGCUAGCUCAACCUUAAACCUCCCGUCAGUACUUGAUAAUUGUGAAUGAAUGAAACCCAAUCUUUUUGUGAAACGGUAUUUUCUCUUCUCAUGUAUUACCUAACAUUACAUUACAUUACUUUUGUAUUGAGAGCCAAUCAGCUUUGCUUCAGGUAGCCAUGGAGACAUAUUCACACCUUAUUGUCAUUGCAGUACUUCUGACCACUCUGUUUGCAAACAGUAGUUGGUAUGGCUAUUAACACUGCUGAUAAUAAUAUAACUCAGCAUCGCAGAUAUAUAUAUGGAUAGGCUGCCAACGACCAGAGUGAGUUAAUAUGAACGUUUUCAGAUUAUGAUACCAUGUGAUAUUGUCAAAUAACUGCCACUAAACGAUGCUGAAGUUUCUACCAUAUUUUCAGUGGUCAUCCUCUGGGUCUAUUGACUCACAGAACCACCAGUGCCACCUUGCCUAAAAACUUAGUUUUAUUGAGCAAUAGUUAUUUUCCGCUGUGACAUGACACCAUGCCCAUCAAGCUUUCAUGUUAACAUUUGCAAAUGUUCCUCACCUUCUUAUCACAAUCUCAUUGUAGACAGCAGCAAGUUGACUGCAGGACACACGCCCUUUCAAGCAGCUUUUCAGUAUGUUGCCUCCCUGAACUUGAAUGAAUGUAGGACUAACACCAAUACAUUACCUGUGAGGUUUUUUGUAUGGGUUGUUACAGCAAAGAAAAAAGAAAAAUACAAGGACUUCAGUUUUAUGCUCCAUCACACACAUAUGUAGCAUUAGCAAUAACUUAGCACAGUUUUGGUAACAUGGGUAACAUGUGGCAUAAUGUGGAAUUAAUAAAAAAGCAUGUGCAC